AUGAGCAAUCCACAAGCACUUCAGAUGGAUUCAGAAGACGUUGAGUUCGUCGAAGAUAACCAAGCUCAACCUGACGCUCAACCCGAAGCUCAACCCAUCUUCAAUAACGAUCUUCAAGGCCCUGUCCUCACCCCGAUGCUCUAUGCUGCUAUGGUCCAGCCGUUCAUGGCCAAGAUUGUGGAGCAGCAGAAAACGAUCGAGGGGCUCGAGGAGAAGAACCGAGACUUAUUGUUGCAACAGCCAUUGAAUUUCUGGAAGCGUGUUGAGGAAGCGGCGAUUCUUCAGGAGCCAGUUGUAAGUCCGCCAACAGCCGCGCCAGUCAAGCCAACGUCAUUUGAAGAAGGAGUUCAACUGUGGCGCACCAAUGGAUUUCGAAAUAUUAAAAUCCCGAAUAUUGACAUGAGUCGUCUUCUAUUUUCUCCAACCAAAGGAAUACUCCAACAAUGCGUGACAAAAGUGAGCAAUGGUAUAAUGCUGUAUAAUAUGAGCCUUCGUUCGUUGUGGCGUCAACCGAAACUGAAUCUUCGGACUUACUAUUUGAAACUACGACAUUUCGAAACUGACUUUUUCCGUUACUUUUGGUUUUUUUCAAUGGAGCACUGGGACAAACUUUCAAAGGAGACUCAGAAUGAGUGGUGUGGAAAAGGCCUGAUCCUUGCGAAAUGGCAAAAUAUUCAAGUGGAUCUAGGUUUGAUUUUGUUGGGAAACCUUCGUGAUGGAAAGCUGCCGUAUUGA